AUGGUCUUCCCUUUCGAGGAUCUCCCUGCAACAACCCAGAUUGAGCAAAUCACCCUGAUGCUCAACGAGGCUGGCAUCAAGCACAUAGUGUGGACAGGAUCCGUGCUGCGGCUCUACGGGGUAGAGCGCACCGAGCUCCACCUGCCGCACUACCUCGAGUUCGUGGUGGAGGAUGCCUCUUUGCCUCUCGCCGUCCAGGUCCUCUACGAGAGAGGGUUCAGCCGCGGUUUGACUCAAACGUGCGGCCGAUCGGUGGGCCCAGACAAUGUGGGGACUGAACUUAUUCAUCUGACUACCGGUGGCAGACAUCACCUGGACCUCCUCCUGCACGCCUAUUCCAAGGUCAUCGGGCGGCAGGAGGAGACUGUUCCUGAGCCGGAGAGUCCGAUGUGGAUGAGCGGCGAGGACCAGGGGAGUCUCCCAAGCAUGGUGCUUUCCGAGCUCCCCCUGCUCAAGCCGGUCUUCUACAUUCAAAUGCAUCUUCUGCAGUGGGCACGGCGCUGGUGCCUCGGCCCUGAGGAGAGCUACCACUGGUUCAUGGGGGCCCGCGUCCUGGACCACCUCAUCUCGCAGAACGUGAAGCCUGAAGUGGUCGGGUACGAGCUCUGCGAGCCGCUCAUGAACGGGGUCUGGCGCGCGGUGCAUAACCGGGAGGCCUUCGACGAGGUCGAUAUGUAUGUGCAGCGCAUGGCCCAGGCUCUGAUCCGGGAGGACCUGUUGAUUCCUCUCCGCGCGCCUCACUGGCCGGAACAGAUGGUCCGCGAAGUGGACGGUGGGGGUCUCGUUGCUGCCGGGCUCCAUGGCUCGGCGAGAUACUCUACAGCGGGGACCUUUGGGGAUAGCUAUUAUGAUACCAUUGCUAACACUUCCGUGGAGGAUACCGGGAGCGCGGUGACAACCGAGCCUACAUCCUCCGUGGCAGCGGAGCGAGCCGGGCAGGACAAUCACAAUCCCACAGCCACAACCAAUAUCGGCGACGACCCCGUUGCACGCGGUGCCGCGGUCCAGGUUCCCCGUAGCCGCGAACAGGUGGCUGCUCCACAGCCUAUCGUAGAUGAUGGUGCCGGAGAACCGUUUGUGCCUGAAACACCUCCAAAGGAGGAGCCUAUGCCGGAAAGAGCUGCUGAUGAUUCUCCUGCGCAGACCAGGGUUGCUGACGACGCUGACACUCCGGUUGCAGCUAGCACACCAACUGCUAAAACCCCCGAAAGCUCUGACGCCAAGGACGAAGAAGACGCAAACGGAAAAACCCCCACAGGUCAUCCUCCCACAGAAGCAGAGGCCCAUCCUGUCCUUCCUGCCGCAAGCCUUUCCCACAAUUCUCUCCCCGCCACCGAAUCCUGUUCAGGAGUUGCUGUGACGACUCCAGAGGAUACGAGUAUGAUCGAUGCUGAGCUUUGCCAAUCCUGCCGGAAGGACCGUGACUGUGCGGAUUGCGGCCGUUUAGCUGACGAGUGA